GUCCCUUUAACUUUUACCCUGAAGUUUUUAGCGAUGGAACAACGUGCACGGAAACUCUAGCACACUAUAAUUGCAAAAGAUAAAGGAAAACUGAAGGACACGAACGUCCGUGAGAUUCAGCUGUUGGAAAUGAUCAUGUUUUUAAGUCACUUUGAGCUUGGAAGAGAUUUAGAGGAUUUGCCGUCUAUAUUCGACACAAGAGAGCUUAUGGGGACACAGAAGAACAUAACAAAACCCUUUGGAACGAAACGCGUGGCAAUAAUAUUUUAACGUCCUAAAGGUUCAGUAUUGAAUAAAAUGGGAGAUGACAAUGAGCUGCUCGGAGCAUCUGAGUUUAUCAAAGAUCGUCUGUAUUUUGCUACUCUUAGAAGCAAACCCAAAAGCACAGCAAACACACAUUUCUUCUGCACCGAUGAUGAAUUUAUUUAUGAAAACUUUUAUGCAGAUUUUGGGCCCCUCAAUCUGGCAGUGCUGUACAGAUACUGCUGCAAACUGAACAAAAAACUAAAGUCUUUCACUCUGUCCAGGAAGCGCAUCAUCCAUUACACCAGUUACGACCAACGAAAGAGAGCCAAUGCGGCCUUCCUCAUCGGCGCUUAUGCGAUAAUCUACUUAAAAAGAACUCCAGAGGAGGUGUACCGGGCCCUGAUCUCUGGAACCAAUGUGUCAUACCUGCCCUUCAGAGAUGCUGCUUUUGGGAACUGCACAUAUGAUUUAACCAUAUUAGACUGUUUACAAGGAAUCCGCAAGGCCUUGCAGCACGGGUUCUUUGACUUUGAGAAUUUUGAUGUUGAAGAAUAUGAACAUUAUGAGCGUGUAGAACAUGGUGAUUUUAACUGGAUUGUGCCAGGAAAACUGUUGGCCUUCAUUGGACCUCAUCCCAAGAGCAAAAUAGAGAACGGUUAUCCUCUCCAUGCUCCAGAAGUGUACUUCUCCUACUUCCGCCAGCACAAUGUCACAGAUGUUGUGCGACUGAACAAGAAGAUUUAUGAAGGUCGGCGCUUCACAGAUGCCGGGUUUGAACAUCACGACUUGUUCUUUGUAGACGGCACCACACCUAGUGAUCUCCUCACAAGACGCUUCCUGCACAUCUGUGAGAGCGCCAAGGGUGCCGUAGCUGUCCACUGCAAGGCUGGCCUUGGCAGGACAGGCACUCUGAUAGGCUGCUACAUGAUGAAGCAUUAUCGCUUCACAGCACCUGAGGCCAUUGCCUGGACACGAAUCUGCAGACCGGGCUCCGUCAUUGGACCACAGCAGCACUUUCUCGAACAGAAGCAGCACAGUAUGUGGGUGCAAGGUGAUCUCCAUCGGUCCAAGCAGAAGCAACAGCAGCUGAGGCAAAGCCGACAACAGGAGAGAAACAUGGCCCAUCUCAUAUCCAGCGUGGACGACAUGUCCAUCGACAGCACCAUUCUGAAGCCACCAAGUGUGGAUGAGAAUGAGUUCAGAGAAGAGGACAUGAUUCCAACUCAAGGAGACAAACUACUAGCUCUAAAGGGCCAACGCCACCCCAGACCUACUGCCACAGUGCUUAGUGGGAUAAACCCAGCUCCAAGCACCAUUUCCCCUCCCAAGUCUUCCAAAGCUCCUCUCUUCAUCUCCUCUUCCACUGCACCACGGAGACUAACAAGAAGCCCUUCCUCCUCUGCCGGCAAUCUAAAAAGCUUCAGUCCCCGUUUAGCCCAUUCCCUCAGCAACCUUUACGAUGACAACAACUUCAAUGACGAUGACAACAGCACACCUCCUGCCUCCUUCGCACCCUCCCCAUCUCCUGCUCUAACCCCCGCACCUCCAUCUGGCUUCAGCUUUGGGUACACCUCUACUGAGCCCCGUCUUCCUCCCUCACAUUUAAACUUCAAUCAAGAGGCCAACACCAACCUCAACAGCCUUACUGGCGCUAAUACGGUUAGCGCUAAUCGCACAGUCAGGCCUAUGAACAGAACAGGCUAUAGUCUGUUCUCCAGCGGUCCACCGAACCCCCGUAGAGGUCCGUUGCGAGGUGGACUAAGUAGGUUACCAGGGCACUACCUCAGCAGAUCCAUUCCAGUGAGUGACCAUCUGGCUGCCUUUGUCGUCUGUGUGACGCUUGAUUUUCACUCACUACUUCUGCUGUUUUACUAACUUUCCUUCACUUUGUGUUUUUCCACCAUUUUUUUUGGCCUCACUUACUGUUUCUGUGCUAUAGUAUAAUUGUGAUCUUUAUGUGAGAUUUUUAUAAUCAGCGGUUUUUCAUCAUUUAAAGGGGUCAUAUGAUGCGAUUUCAAGUUUUACUUUGUCUUUGGAAUGUUA